UGCCUGUAUUCCUGCUAUAUCCGGGAGACGUUUCUGAAUGCCGGUACAGCUAAAGGUUGCAGCGCGCCAUAAAAGUACCAUACGGAGGGUGUAUUUGGGUUCCUGAGUUAUUUUAUCAUCCCAGAAUGACGGAAGAGGCGAUCAGUGAGCAGAUGAAAGAUCUAAAGGUCAAAGAAGGGAAGCAGGCCAAGACAGCAGACGAUGGAGGGAAGAAGAAGAGCAGCAAAGGAGCUGGAGAUACAGGAGGCAGAACUGAGCUCAAUCCUCAGCCUCAGUAUAUAGAAGAUCGUCUGGGCCUGUACAACAAGCUGAAGGCCGAACACGAUGCUCUGAUAGCCGAGAGAGCUGAGAAGGAGAGCAAGCCCAUCAAGAUCACCCUGCCUGAUGGGAAAGUGGUGGACGGCGAGUCAUGGAGGACCACUCCUUAUCAGGUGGCCUGCGGGAUCAGCCAAGGCCUUGCUGAUAACACAGUGAUUGCCAAAGUGAAUAACGAUGUGUGGGACCUGGACAGACCAUUGGAGGGAGACUGCAGUUUGCAGCUUCUCAAGUUUGAUGAUGAGGAAGCACAAGCUGUCUAUUGGCACUCCAGCGCUCACAUUAUGGGCGAGGCCAUGGAGAGAGUGUACGGAGGCUGCCUGUGUUACGGACCUCCUAUCGAGAACGGCUUCUACUACGACAUGUACCUGGACAACGAAGGCGUAUCGAGUAAUGACUUCCCCUGUCUCGAGAACCUGUGUAAAAAGAUUAUCAAGGAGAAGCAGCCCUUUGAACGGUUGGAGGUAAAGAAGGAGACUCUUCUGGAAAUGUUCAAGUACAACAAGUUUAAAUGCAGGAUCCUGAAUGAGAAAGUUACCACCCCGACAACUACAGUUUACAGGUGUGGGCCCUUGAUUGACCUGUGUAGAGGACCCCAUGUGAGACACACUGGGAAGAUCAAGGCCUUGAAGAUUCAUAAGAAUUCAUCCACAUACUGGGAAGGCAAAGCAGACAUGGAGACCUUGCAGCGCGUUUAUGGCAUCUCCUUCCCCGACCCUAAGAUGCUGAAGGAGUGGGAGAAAUUCCAAGAAGAGGCUAAGAACAGAGACCACCGCAAACUGGGACGGGAACAGGACUUGUUUUUCUUCCAUGAUCUCAGCCCGGGUAGCUGCUUCUUCCUCCCAAAGGGAGCCUACAUCUACAACACACUGGUGGAGUUUAUAAGGAGUGAAUACAGGAAGAGGGGCUUCCAAGAAGUGGUCACUCCAAACAUCUACAACAGCAAACUGUGGCAGACGUCCGGCCACUGGCAGCACUACAGCGAGAACAUGUUCUCCUUUGAGGUGGAGAAGGAGAUCUUCGCUCUUAAGCCAAUGAACUGCCCUGGACACUGUCUGAUGUUUGAUCAUCGGCCUCGCUCGUGGAGGGAACUGCCUCUGCGGCUGGCUGACUUUGGUGUGCUGCACCGCAACGAGCUCUCCGGAGCUCUCACUGGUCUUACCCGUGUCCGUCGAUUCCAGCAGGACGAUGCGCACAUCUUCUGUGCCAUGGAGCAGAUCGAGUCGGAGAUUAAAGGCUGUCUGGAGUUCCUGCGUGCCGUCUAUGACGUAUUUGGCUUCACCUUCAAACUGAACCUCUCCACCAGACCAGAGAAGUUCCUUGGGGAACCAGAAGUGUGGGAUCAAGCUGAAAAGCAACUUGAGAACAGUCUAAACGAGUUUGGGGAGAAGUGGGUAUUAAACCCUGGAGAUGGUGCUUUCUAUGGACCAAAGAUUGAUAUUCAGAUCAAAGAUGCCAUUGGAAGAUACCACCAGUGUGCCACCAUCCAGCUGGACUUCCAGCUCCCCAUCCGCUUCAAUCUAACCUUCGUCAGCCAUGAUGGAGAUGAUAAGAAGAGGCCAGUGAUUAUUCACAGAGCUAUUUUGGGCUCGGUUGAGAGGAUGAUUGCCAUCCUGACAGAAAACUAUGGCGGGAAGUGGCCUUUGUGGCUUUCCCCACGUCAGGUGAUGGUUGUGCCUGUUGGACCCACUUGUGAGGAUUACGCACAAAGAGUGCAGAAAGAGUUUCACAAGGCAGGCCUGAUGACAGAUGUAGAUCUGGAUCCAGGCUGCACUCUGAAUAAGAAGAUCAGAAACGCGCAGCUGGCUCAGUACAACUUUAUUUUAGUGGUGGGAGAGAAGGAAAAGAGCAGCGACACCGUGAACGUGCGGACGAGAGAUAACAAGGUCCACGGGGAAAGAAGUCUGACCGAAUGCAUGGAGCGCUUGAGACAGCUGAAGGCAUCGAGAACCCGUAAUGCCGAAGAGGAGUUUUAAACUCAUGAUAAUAUACUCCAUGCCGAUCUGACAAGAUGUUUUGCAUCUCAGGGAUAGGCAAAUAAACACAGAGCCUCUAGGCAAGAUGAUCCCAAAAAAAACAAAAAAAAAAAAAGGGAAAACGGAUCACGUUUUUGCUCUAUUGCUCCCAGCUCCAUCAUCCUGACCGUUUGUAAGGAUGGGUCGUGUCACACCCUGCAGCCAUAAACACAACUGACUGCUGGUACGUCUCACGACCUCGUCGACACACGGGAUUUCCAUACACAAACAAAAAGCAAUAAUGUGUCUAAAAUCUAAAGAUUUUUUUUUUUUUUUUUUUUAAGUCUUCAAUUUACAUAGCUACAGAUUCAUCUGCAGAUUUUUCCAUCAUGAAUCAAAAGUCAGUUUAUUUUUUUUUUUCUGGAGAUCCAGUUGUAGGGUUAAUGAGUCAAUCUGUGUCCAAAAAAAAACAUUGGUUCAUUGGUAUAUUUUCUUCUCUAUUUUGUUAAGCUGUAAGAUUUCUGUCUUAUAAAUCAGGGGCAAAUAAAAUCAGUCUUAUACAUGAA